CGGCCGGAACGGCAGGCGGUUCCCCACGCCUCCAGGCGCUUCCUGGCAGCCCUCCGCGCCGUGCCAAAGGCCUGGCCCGCCAGCCCCGAGCCAUGAUGAAGACCCUGUCCAGCGGGAACUGCGCGCUCAGCGUGCCCGCCAAGAACUCGUACCGCAUGGUGGUGCUGGGCGCCUCCAGGGUGGGCAAGAGCUCCAUCGUGUCCCGCUUCCUCAACGGCCGCUUCGAGGACCAGUACACGCCCACCAUCGAGGACUUCCACCGCAAGGUGUACAACAUCCGCGGCGACAUGUACCAGCUAGACAUCCUGGACACUUCUGGCAACCACCCCUUCCCCGCCAUGCGCAGGCUCUCCAUCCUCACAGGUGACGUCUUCAUCCUGGUCUUCAGCCUGGACAGCCGGGAGUCCUUCGACGAGGUCAAGCGUCUGCAGAAGCAGAUCCUGGAGGUCAAGUCCUGCCUGAAGAACAAGACCAAGGAGGCGGCCGAGCUGCCCAUGGUCAUCUGCGGCAACAAGAACGACCACGGCGAGCUGUGCCGCCAGGUGCCCAGCACCGAGGCCGAGCUGCUGGUGUCGGGUGACGAGAACUGCGCCUACUUCGAGGUGUCGGCCAAGAGGAACACCAACGUGGACGAGAUGUUCUACGUGCUCUUCAGCAUGGCCAAGCUGCCACACGAGAUGAGCCCCGCCCUGCACCGCAAGAUCUCCGUGCAGUACGGCGACGCCUUCCACCCCCGUCCCUUCUGCAUGCGCCGUGUCAAGGACAUGGACGCCUACGGCAUGGUCUCGCCCUUCGCCCGCCGCCCCAGCGUCAACAGUGACCUCAAGUACAUCAAGGCCAAGGUCCUUCGGGAGGGCCAGGCCCGCGAGAGGGACAAGUGCACCAUCCAGUGAGCAGGGAGGACGCGGGGUGGGGGGCAGUGCCUUAAAGGGAGGUGGCCCCAGACGCCUGCUGCCUGCAGCCCCCCGCCCGGGGGGCGCCACAGCAG